AUUGUCAUUGAAAUGUCAUUACGUGGCCGAAUCUGAAAUUUCUUCAAUAUUUUAUGUUUCAAUUUAAAAUAUUAUAUAUAAAUAAGUUUAGAUAAAAUCUUAGUUAUUCAUAAGCAGAAUGAAGUCCACGUGGAGAAAUUUAUGGCUAGUUUCAAUCCUUGCAUUUAUUUCAUUAAAUACUGCUAGCUGUUAUACUAUCACUGUUGAUGCACACGCCGAAGAAUGUUUUUUUGAAAAUGUUGAAGCAGAUACUAAGAUGGGUUUGACAUUUGAAAUAGCAGAAGGUGGAUUCUUAGACAUAGAUGUUACUAUCACUGGUCCAGAUGGCACAGUGAUCUAUCGUGGUGAGCGAGAGUCAUCUGGCAUGUACACAUUCUCAGCACCUACUUCUGGAAGAUACACUUACUGCUUCAGCAACAAAAUGUCCACAAUGACACCAAAAGUGGUAAUGUUCAACUUGGAAGUAGGUGAUACACCCCAUAAGACUGGUGAAAAAGAAGAUGAUGUCAAUCACAAUAAGUUAGAGGACAUGAUCAAAGAGCUGGCCACAACAUUGAAAACUGUUAAACAUGAACAAGAAUACAUGCAGGUGCGUGACAGAAUUCAUCGUUCAAUAAAUGAAAAUACAAACUCCAGAGUAGUUUUAUGGUCUAUUUUUGAGGCAUCGGUACUCCUUCUCAUGACCCUAGGACAAGUCUACUACUUAAAAAGGUUCUUCGAAGUACAAAGAGUUGUGUAACAUUUCAUCACUACUCAUAUUUUGUAUGAACUGUACUAUAAGUACCAAGAAAGUUAUAAAAUUUUGCCUCUACAGUAAGAUGCGUAGGCAAAGGAAUUUUGUUUUUAUUUUUUGUUUAAUGAAGUAUUGUUUUAAAACUUAAAAGAACUGAUAUCAUCAUUUAUCGUUCAUGAAGAAAUACUUCUACCCAUGUACUUGUGUUCAUUUUAUUUUACUAUAAAUGUACAAUUUGACACAUUUCAAACCAUCUGUAUAAAUAUUAAACCUACAUUAUUUCACUCUUAUAUAUAAUCUAUUGUUUAAAUUAUGUUCUUUUAUUUUGUAAUUCUGUGCAUGUUUUGUUCAUCACAAUCGUACGAGUAUAGACAUUAAAAUUUUAUUUUUACAUCAAUCUUGGCGUGCAUUACAUAUUUAUAGCUUGUAAAAAAGAGUAAGUAGUAAGGUACUUCUGAUCUGAUGUGUGUAAUAGAUGAAUGACUGGUGUAUGUAAGUAGUUGUUUCAGUAAAUUACUUCAACAUGAAGAGAAAUAAAUUAAUAAUGUUUGUAUAAUAA